ACCGCUCGCUUCUCUAGGGUGCGUAAUCUAGAGCUCUAGAGUGCUUCUACGCCUUCUACCUUCCUUCUGCUUCCUUCUACCCACUUUUACCAGUUGUAUCGAAAUGAAGAUAGUUGCGCUCUCUGGUAGGACCGACCCGUACCCCGUACCCCCCGUCGAUGACAGUAGUAGGUAGUAGGUAGUAGAUAGUAGGUAGUAGUACCAAGUAGUACAACCAGUACAACGACACGUACACGUUUCUCCUUCCUAUCGAUCGGUCCUGACGAUUUGUCGAUCGAUAGCGCGCCGCGCGUGAUAGAUUUCUGGAUUUCUAAAUACCGUCAAGUUGUUAAUACGUUGAUGAAGAAGAAAUACUCAUCGCCCCGUGUAUUGUACGUACACGGCACAGGGUGUACAUACAUGUACGGUUGUGUGUAAAUGUUUCCCGUUGAUCCGCUGCCGCCAGCAGCUCGCAGCAGCUACCGUGCCACCUGCCACGCUGCUAAUGUGCUAAACUCAAUCUCGAUCUCGACCUAUCGAGAUCGAGAGUUCGCGGGUUCGACGAUUCCGCGCGGCGCGGCCGGAGUCGGGGGACCGGCGACCUGCGGCGGCUGCGGCGACGAUCCGCGGCGACCGCCCGCGCCCACGUCCGCGCCACGCGCUCCCGUCGCUCCCGUCGCUCCCGUCGCUCCCGAGAGAAAUAGCUGAGAGCGCCUAAUGUCGUAUGCCUAAUUUUUUCUAAUACUCCAAGAUGCAGUGGCCCUCGCUCAGUGUUAUUCUCUCCGAGGUAUUUCUCGGAUACAUCGUAUAUUCGAUAUACACGCUGUCGCAGCUGUUCGUGUCGCCAGUCUGCGAGGAUGGCAAUCCGUGCCUCGAGUCAUACCUGAUCGAACGGCCACGGUUGGAUCUGUACAUGUACAGCUCCGUUAGGCGAAAUCCCGCCAAUAGAGAUGCCGAUCUCGUCCACUCGGCGCAAAGCUUCGAUUACUAUCGAACGCAAACCAUUCCAAUGAUACUGACGGUACCACGCGAGACACGACGGAAUGGAACAUUAUUUUUACAUAUAUUAUUAACGCCUCCUUCUGUAAAACAGGACAGGACGUUUGUUGAUUUGCAAAAAGACAGGUUUACUUCGUAUACAGCUAUUAAAAUGACACAAUACAUAGUACCUGAAGCAGAAGCAUUCAAGUUAUUGGGUGAUAAAAAUCAUAAGGCAAAGAAAGCUGACAACCAGAUUGUUAUACAUCCAGUCUCGCACAUAAAAAGUCGUGUGACUUUUACAAUAAUGACAGACAACGUUACGCUUCCUGUAUACGGCAUGCCUGCCGAGCUUGUAAAUCAUAUUAACAUAAUUGGUAAACGGGCAUUCUUGCCGAUUGUAAACUAUGAUUUCUUACAAACGCGCCAUCGGGAUCUUAAGAGGAUUACUCCACAAAAUAAUACAAUCAACGUCACGAUAGAGUAUUCUCCUGUGUCUCUAGGAAAAUUAAGAUUAGUGCUACACGUGCAGGCAACUGUGGAGAAUUUGAAGAAUCUUGGCUUCUCCGACAAAGACGUUGAUGAAGUAAAGGGCAUCUUUGCCGAUACUAACGUCUAUUUACUAGGUGGUACAUUCUUCAUCGCAGCCGUACACUUGUUAUUUGAUUUCCUCGCUAUUAAAAAUGAUGUAAGCUUUUGGCGGAAGAAGAGUAAUCUCAUAGGCCUCAGCAAAUGGACUGUGAUAUGGCGUGCGUUCAGUCAAACUGUCAUUUUCCUUUACCUUUGUGAUGAAGGUUCUUCCUUGCUCAUUCUUGUUCCGACUGGUAUCAGCACUUUAAUUGAGCUGUGGAAAUUAAAAAAAAUGUCGAGAGUAGAAUUGAUCAAGAGCGGAAGCAUUUUACCAAGAAUACGAUUAAAAACUGAUGGCAUUGAUGCAGCAGAGGUGAAAACUAGAGAAUUCGAUGCCGAGAGUAUGCGUUAUCUUAGUUAUUUGUUAUAUCCAUUAGUUAUCAUUGGUGCAAUCUACUCGUUACUUUAUCAGCCGCAUAAAAGCUGGUAUUCUUGGAGUAUAAAUUCCUUAGUGAAUGGAGUUUACGCAUUUGGAUUUCUCUUUAUGCUGCCGCAAUUGUUCGUUAACUAUAAAUUGAAAUCCGUGGCACACUUGCCGUGGAGAUCGUUCAUGUACAAAGCAUUCAACACGUUCAUCGACGAUGUGUUCGCUUUCAUAAUAACAAUGCCGACAGCUCACAGAAUAGCGUGUUUCAGAGACGACGCCGUCUUUCUCAUUUAUUUAUAUCAAAGAUGGUUAUACCCGGUGGAUAAAUCACGUAAGGAUACUGACACGAUUACAGAGGAAGCUAUUGAUUUCGACAACAAAAAAACAAAUUAACGAUUUCUAUUGUUUACUGUUAUGGCUUUUGUCUUCGUUACUUAGAACUCGAAACUUUCGUAAUAUCAUGUUGAAGCGUUAUUAUGUGCUGACAAACAGUAUUUAUAUCGCUAAUGUAAAAAUUUAACUAAUAUACGCACAAUUGUUAC